UCUGCCGAGUUUUCUUCUUCUUCUUCAUCAUCUCUUCUCCAAACCCUAAACCACCCGAGCCUUCCUCCUCCGACGGUUGCCCCAGCUGCAGCCACCUCAGUUUAGCUAAAAGAAUAUGGCACCAAAGAAGGAGAAGGCCCCACCUCCGUCGUCGAAGCCAGCAAAAUCCGGUGGAGGGAAGCAGAAGAAGAAGAAAUGGAGCAAGGGUAAGCAAAAGGAGAAGGUGAACAACAGUGUUUUGUUUGACCAAGCUACUUAUGACAAGCUUCUCUCGGAAGUUCCUAAGUUCAAGCUCAUCACUCCUUCUAUCUUGUCUGAUAGAUUGAGGAUCAACGGAUCUCUGGCUCGCCAUGCAAUCAAGGAUUUAAUGGCAAGAGGCUCUAUCAGGAUGAUAUCUGCUCAUGCUAGUCAGCUGAUCUACACCAGAGCCACCUAUACUUAGAAUGAAAUUAAUUAGUCAGCAUUUUCUUACCAUCCAUAGGGUCUUUGCUACCGUAUGGUAACUGCAUUUUGUUCUUUAUUUUAUUAAUUCUUCCUUUUGAGGUUUUUGAAUGGAGAAUUCGAAGUUUUUGCUGCCAACUCAAUCGAGAUAUUACAAUAUGUUUCAUCCUGCA